GGCUGUGUUAAUUGCUAAACUAAGACAAGCUCUUCUUUGUUCUUUCUUCCCUGCUCUUCUUUUUUCACCAACACCCAACCAGGAGAAGAGAGAGAGAGAGAGAGAGAGAGAGAGAGAGGAUGUUGGCAUCCAUGGCGGAGCAAUGUCUGAACAUCAAGAGGCGAGACAUUUGCUGUUUGAGUGACUUCCCUAACGGCAUCCACUGAAACCCAAAAGGAAACCCAUCACUCCCUCUUCAUUUCUCGUGAAUUUUCUUUCUUCUGUGGUUCUUGUUUCCGCCAUUUUCUUGACAAGAGAAAUUGCUUGGGAGAAUGGAAGGGAAAGAAGAGCUCAGCAGAGUAAUCACCUACUCCAUCUUCUCCGAGCUGGAGAAGAAAUGGCUCGCCGGACGCCUGGACUCCGACCGCGUGCGGAUCCUCUGCAUUGACGGCGGAGGCCUUCGGGCCAUUGCCGCUGGCCGGGCGCUCGUCCACCUCGAGCAGCGGCUCCGCGCCGACAGCGGGGACGAUGGCGCGCGGAUCGCAGAUUACUUCGACGUCGUCGCCGGGACGGGGAUCGGCGGGGUGCUGGCGGCGAUGAUCGUCGCGGACGGCGGCGGAGGGAGGCCGAUGUUCGCGGCCGAGGAGGCGGUGAGGACGCUGGCGGAGGGGCUGGGGGAGGUUUUCCGGCCGGAAGGGUUCUUCCGGAGGGGGAGAUCCGGCCGCCGGUUUGAUCGGUUUCUGAGGGAGGUGUUCACGAGGGAUGGGAGGGCGCUGACGCUCAGAGACACGGUGAAGCCGGUCCUGGUGCCCUGCUACGACCUCCGAAGCGGCGCGCCGUUCGUGUUCUCCCGAGCCGACGCUGCCGAGUCGGCGAGCUUCGACUUCGAGAUGUGGCGGGUGUGUCGGGCGACCGCCGCGACGCCGGGAUCGCUGGGCCCGGUGCGGCUCGAGUCCGUCGAUGGCCGGACGGCAUGCGCGGCCGUCGACGGCGGGCUCGUUAUGAACAAUCCCUCGGCCGCAGCCGUCACGCACGUGCUGCACAACAAGCGCGACUUUCCGAGCGUCGACGGCGUCGGCGACCUGCUGCUGCUCUCCGUCGGUUGUGGCCCUGUCCGGCGAUCUCCGGCCGCCGGCGGAGCGAGCCGCCGGUGGUGGCGAGGAGGAGUUUGGUCCAAGCCGGUGGUGGAGAUCGUGAUGGAUGGCGUGUCCGACACGGUGGACCAGGUGAUCGGUAACGCCUUCUCUUGGAACCGAUCCAAUUACCUCCGGAUCCAGCGAUCGCUCGCUGUCAUGCAGGCUAAUGGGUUCCUGACUAAAGAUAUGGAGGCAGUAAUGGAAGAUUCAUCUACCAAAGGAGCUGCUGCACUAAUGGCUGCAGGGGAAAGGAUGCUGAAGGAGAAGGCAGUGGAGUCUUUGCCAUUCGGAGGGAAGCGCGUCUUAGCAGAGACAAACGGCCAGCUUCUGGAUAAGUUUGCGCACUCUCUUGUCGAAUCUUCGCGCAAUAAGCUCAUAAGCAGUCCUUCUAAGCUCCCAGGAUACCAAUGUACAGAAGAAGCUUUACAGUUCCUGUGAGAUGUUCUUAACUUGUGUCAAUUUCUAUUAAGCCAACUCCAAACCACGCUUUGUUGGUGGUUGCAGUCUUGUGUGCUACUAAAUUAUAAUGAACUAAAGCAUACAACUGUGCUCUCUCUC